GAGUAAGCAAGUGUUUACUAAUUUGCGAAUUUGAGGUAUAGUGUUGGCUACGCAAGACACAUAACCUCAAAUAUUUUCUCAAAAUUCACGGUGAUAACUUAUAAUUAAGUGAGUGAUGGAAAAUGGAGAAAAUAGAGUUAGGUGUUACUUUCUUUAUCCAUAUUAUAAUAUUUUUUCAAAGUGAUUGUUUAAUAAAAUGCGAUUUUUCUUAAGAGUAAAAGAAUAACCGAAUGAUACUUUACCAGAUACAGACGAUGAUUAUGUAUUCAGUGCAAUGACCUCUUGCAAAGUGAAAAACUUUGAUUCAUUCGCUGUUUUUAAAUCACCGGCAAAUCAUAUGAACGAGGUUAUUCAGUUACAAGAAAAGUUAGAUAAGAAAACAUACAUUGAUUGCAAGUCCAAAGAUAUUCAAUCUGAACCAACGUCUCUUUCGACAAGCAUCCGCAAAAUCGAGCAUCAAAAUUUUCAAUCUGUUGUAAAAAUAGAAAACGAAAAUCAGACUAAUGACACAAAUGAAAAUAUAUUCAUCGAUUUUGAUUGCAAGUAUAUGAAACUUGAACUGCAAUCCUCACCUACGAGCAUUUGUAAAACUGAGUAUCCAAGUUAUCCACAAGUUGAAAAACAAGAAAACCAAAUUCAGACAAAUUGCUUCAAAUUCUGUCAACGCAACGAAGACUUCUACAAUCCAAUUAGUACACUUCGUAUUUCAAACAAUCUUUCAUAACAAUA